CUUCAACCCACUCCUGAAGUAAGUAAGCAGAUUUGUGGUCCUUCAGAACAGGAAACAUAUAAAUCCCCAAGGGCAUAACACGAACUAAUAACAUUUCAUCACCAAGUCACCUCUUCAACAAGCACUCAAAACAUCUCAUCAACAAGGCACCUCUUCACCUCGCCCGACAAAAGCAUCCACUGACCACCGGACUCCAACAAUGCAUUUCACCACCCUGCUCAGCCUCGCCAGUCUCGGCCUGAACUUUUUCCCUCUCCAGGCUGCAGCGGCUCCCACCGCUGAUUUGGCUGCACACACUGAGGAGUCAAUGAAUCAGUUCCAUCCCUCUGACAUGGUCGAGAAGCGCCACAAAUACGGAAUCAAUCAUGACGAGAUGGCGCACGAGAAGCGCCACAAAUACGGAAUCAAUCAUGACGAGAUGGCGCACGAGAAGCGCCACAAGUACGGAAUCAAUCAUGACGAGAUGGCGCACGAGAAGCGCCACAAAUACGGAAUCAAUCAUGACGAGAUGGCGCACGAGAAGCGACACAAGUACGGAAUAAACCAUGACGAGAUGGCACAUGAGAAGCGCCACAAGUACGGAAUAAAUCAUGACGAGAUGGCACACGAGAACUGA